AACAAGUUUGCUGGUUACAUUUCUUGAUCUGUUCCUACAAUGGAGUCUAACACCAUGGAAAUAGCCCAUGAGUUCCUCCCUUUUUUCCGAGUAUACAAAGAUGGGCGAGUGGAAAGGCUACAAGGCACAGAAACAAUGCCACCCUCCAUCGAUCCUAAAGUAGGAGUCCAAUCCAUGGACUCCCUUGUCUCACAACAACAUACCCUCCAUGCUCGUCUCUUCCUCCCCAUAGCCACCAAGCAAAAUCAUAAACUCCCUGUGAUUAUAUACAUCCAUGGUGGAGCAUUCUGCGUCCAGUCUCCUUUCUCUCCCACCUACUAUACCCAUCUCACUUCCUUGGUAAGAAAUGCUCAUGUCCUAGUAGUGGCAAUUCAGUACAGAAGAGCCCCAGAACACCCUCUCCCUUUUGCAUAUGAAGAUGCUUGGGAAGCUAUCAAAUGGGUAGCUUCUCAUGUGAAUAGGGAUGGUCCUGAAACCUGGCUUAAUCAGCAUGCUGAUUUUGAGAAAGUGUUCUUGGUUGGCGACAGUGCUGGUGCUAAUAUUGCACACAACAUGGGAAUUAGAUUUGGGGUUGGUGAACUUGGGCUUAAAAUUAUUGGUAUGGUUUUGGUUCAUCCAUACUUUGCCACAAGUGAUGAUAAAGGCGAGUUCCUGGAAUAUAUUUUCCCUUCAAUGGAAGGGUUAAGUGAUCCCAGGAUUAACCCAGGUGGUGGUGGGGUGGACCUGGAGAAGCUAGGGUGCAGAAGGAGGCUGCUGGUGUGUAUUGCUGAGGGAGAUAGUUUGAGGGAUAGAGGGGUGAGUUACUAUGAGGCAGUGAAGAAGAGUGGAUGGGGUGGAGUGGUGGACAUUGUGGAGACUGCAGGAGAAGGACAUGUGUUUCAUCUUGUGAAACCCAAUUGUGACAAGGCUAACAUUUUAACAGAGCAGAUUGUUUCCUUCAUAAAUCAAGAUUAAGCCUAUAAGGUUCUUAUUCCCAUGUAUUUGAUUGUCGUUUCUGUUUGAAUUUGUGUCCUGUUUAAUUUCACAAUCAAAGUUGUGGUAAAAGAAAAAAAAAUAAUAGUCAUAUUUAUUUUUCAA